CAAUGUAUCCCCACCUCCUUUAUCUAGCUAACCGCGUAACGAGAUGGACGGGCACAACUAUAUACAAGACAUGUAUGUCAUGUGUGCAUUGCCUAUAUAAUAGCUCAUGUUCUUACAAUGUGUAUAUAACUCGAACAAGAAACAGUUAGAGAACUUAUAUAUAGAAAAGGCUAUAUGGGGAAUUGUGCACUAAAACCAAAAGUUUUGUCGGAAACCGGAGCUCCGGCACCGGAGGAGCUUAAGGAUUCACUUCUUGAAUACCACAAGAUCGACGCUGCAAAAUCUCUUAGCAACUUGUUCCUUCAAGACAAGGCAGAGAAGAAAACGAAAGAUUGUGAAAAGAUAACAUUCGAAAAUGUUCCGGUAGCUGAAGAUCUGAAAACAGCUUUGGCGGAGGAAAAAUCUCGGAAAAAAGAGACAAAAUCUCCGGCGACGAUAGAGACAACUUCUCCGGUAGCAGAAACAAAAUACCAAGUAAUGGAGAAAGAAGCUGUUGCUGACGAGAAGAAAACACCGGAAAACAUACCGGUAACUGAAGAUCUGAAAACAGUUUUGGAGGAGGUUGCACACCCUCCGGAAACAGAGUCAAAGUCUACAGUAAUUGAGACUAACGAAGAGCCCGCUCUUGAAGAGAAAGUGAUUGACGUUGUGACUGUGAAAGAAACAGAAACAGAAACAGAAGCGAAAGCAGAGGAGGUGGGAAAAGAAGCAGCACAGUGAAACAUCCUUUAAACGCUAGUUUCUUCGUUCUUGAUAGCAACAUGCUUUGUUUCCUACUUCUUUUUUUGUUUAGAUUACGUUUCCUCGAGAGGAAAAACGCAAACGCUGGAUUUGUUAUAUGAAUUGAAAACUUCAGAUUUCCAACCCAAAAUAAGAAAAGUCUUUUUACGACUGUUAUGAUU